AUGUCCAUAGUCCUGUUGCUUCAGAACGCUGAAGUCUCCAGGAAACAGGCCAGCUUUGGACCCAGCAGCUCCAGCACUGGUCCUGCCCAUGUAAUGUCCCAGUUUGAAGCCAUACUAUGGUUACUGCUGAUGAAAACACCAUCAGUGGCUGUAUCUGCUCCAUACUUUCAACAGUCACAGUGGGGUCCUGAGUAUCAGCAGGGUCAUUCUCCCCCUCUUUUAGUUGAGUCUGGUGGAAGGACUGCUCCACAGGAUCCUAACCCCCCACCAACUGGAGAUUAG